UGAUUUUUCCACUUCCAUCGACGCAGCCCUAAACUUCACGUCGUUGUAGUUCUUCAUCGUUGGAAAAUUACUUAAGUGGUGUAAGUUUACGGGGUUUCGCGCUAAAUGUGGAGUAAAAGUGAGCUUUAGCAUGGAACUGCUCGAUUCGGAUAGAUUUGGUGAAAGUUUCCACGAUAUAUUCGUGCAAAACCUUGCAAACAGGAAAGUGAAAGAUGACAAAAUAAAACGGAAAGACCAUACUAAUAAGGAUGGAGAGCUGCUAUCUCCGUGGAUCGAAAUCACACCGAAUGCAUCCAAGUUCGCGGUUUACAAUGCGAUUCGCUCGAUUGUGUUGGAGGUGGAGACGAAAAAUUCAAAAUUUGCUUCUACCGGAGGACCGUUGGGUAAACCAAACAAACCGUUCUGCUAUCAUCAAAAUGGCUCCGGAAAUGACAAUGAACAAAACUGCUUAUCGUGCAAGGAAAAGGCCAAAGAUCUGAACUCGUUCAAGGAAGCGGAUAUUCCGGAAUUUGAUUUCGAAGAGAACUUUGAUAACGAUGAAUCGGUCCCGUGCAAUGUUCCCAAGAUUGUCGGCGCUGGUUUGGAGAGUUUGUUCGAAAUCAUAUCAGAAACCCGGACUGAACAUCCAAGGAUUUGUACAAAGGCAUUAAAAUCACUGUAUGAUAUUAUUCAAGGUCAAGAUCCCGAAAGUUUUCGUAAUGAACCUGAAAAGCUAUUCGGUUCGCUGUAUGAUAUUUUGCUGGAGCUGGCCACUAUGCAUAACCAACCGCCUCCAAACAUGGGUCUGCACCACAAGGACAUCAAUUGGUCAUCAAUUAGUUGCUCAACCCUUUUAGCUCUGUGCACCGUGCAUGGAGACACUGGCAAGAUUCUGAAAGCAGUUACAUCAAUUUUGAUGUCACCGAAGAUACUUUCCGGGCAGAUGAUUCAGCUACCACAAAGCAUAAUUAAACUGCAACGUAGCGUCCAGUCUGUAGCGCUGGGAAAAUUAAGCAUUCCAGAUUACUAUACGUAUGGAAUCUCUCAGAAUAGCUUGAUAGAUUAUGUGAGUUGUUAUGAAUUUUAAGUGCUCGAAGCUAAUGGAAUUUUCUUUUCAGUUCAAUAUAAAGAUUACAUGUUUGUCGAGAAAGUUUUCUCACCAAACUGUAUCACCUCUGAUGGUAAAUUUAUCUACAUACUGAUAUCAAAAUCGCUGGUUAAAAUAGGUUCCGGAUUCAACGGAACCGUGCCCGGCUUCAUAUAUGGAAUUGCUAAAGAUUUCGGUAAAGAACGUAACGAAUGGAUCGGGUAUUGCAACAACAAACUGUUCUACAAGAAACUUUCGAAGCGUACCAUGGACAGUCUACUCGUGGUAGAUACCGAAACACUGCAGAUAACAGGUUCAAUGCAAACGCAAGCUUCUGUAUCUAUGAAAGAUGGAAAUAACUGUUUGCUGUUUUCGGACGGAGAAUCCAUCUGCAGUAUUUGUACCACAUCUGGCAGCGAUAAUCUUCUUGUCAAGCAACUAUAUUCGAAGAACUCGUUCGCGUUCGAUCUCAACUUAAAAUUAGCCAAAAAUGGUUUCUACACCUUAGGAUAUUCUUUGUUCGAAGAGGAGAUUCUCAGUGAGAACCAGCUCAAGAAAAUACAAAGCACAAGCAAUGGAUUUAUUCCAACGCUUCCCAACGAGGUCAAUCUCAACGGCAUAUCCUGCGGAAAAGAGUUUGGACUUGUCGUGGGAAGCAACGGCAAGGUGUAUUACUACGGCAAAGGAAGCAGUCUUGGGUUGAAGGCCGUUGGGAAGAAUCCCAGCUUGAAGCUUAACGAGAUCGUCAUUUCUAAAGCAACUAAUUUUACCCAAGUUUUUGUCGGUCACGAUGGCAUUCAUGCACUGCUGCUGAACGAAGAUGGAACGGUUUUCUUCGCCGGAACGGCUCGCAGGGGAGAAGAUGGCGAGCAGUCCAAGAAUCGUCGCCAGCUGAAAGCGGUUAAGCCGAAAAAGAUAAGUAAAAUCGACGGAUACUUUAUCAUGAACAUCUCGUGCAACAAUGGAACGUCGGCAUUCGUUACCAAGGACGGAAAGCUGAUCAUGUUUGGGAAGGACACCAACUACUGUGACUCGUCCGGUAUUGUAACCGGACUAAGCGAUGCUCAGAUCGUAAAGGUUGCACUCGGUAAGGCGCAUUGUGUCGCUUUGGACGCCAAAGGACAGCUGUACACGUUUGGGUUGAACAACAAGGGUCAAUGCGGACGGAAAUUCAUCAAGGAUCGUAGCGAGGAUACUUUUGAUCCCAAACCUGCAACAAAGGCGUCAUUCAAACCGAUGUGCUCAAUCGACGAGCACAACAUUGUUGAUGGCAAGUGUAGGAUCUGCAACGUUUGCCGUGAAUGCACCGGCUACAACACGGCAUGUGUUUCCACCAAGAAAACAUUCGUCAACGAGCGAGUUCCGGGAAUGCCAUGCUCUUGCGGUCACGGCAGUGCUGGAUGCUCAAAAUGUGGAAGUUGCAGCGCUUGCGUUGCUUCGCAGGAGAAUGGCUCUCUUUCGAUUGAAAACAACUCUGAAGCUCAAACAAUCCUUGAAAAGGCCAAAGAGGCGCUUCACAAAAAGUACGACAACUUGCGGCACGCGGAUGAGGCGAACCAGUUUUCCGAUCCGGACACGCCCCGUGUGGUGCCGGUUCCUCCGCAGCGGGUAGAACUACCCACAAAGAGUCCCAUCGUGCAGAUCAGCUGUGGGCUUCACCAUACCGUCGUGCUAACGCUCUCCGGUGAGGUGUUCACCUUCGGCAGUAAUCAGUACGGUCAGCUUGGAACCGGCGACCUGCAGCCAAUUUCCGGAGCACAUUUGGUAAAGAUCCCGCACAUGGUCAGCCAGGUCGCUGCCGGAAGCAAUCACACCGUAAUUUUGACGACUAAGGGCAUCGUUUACACUUUUGGAAACUAUCAAAAAGGUCAGUUGGGCAGACUUCCGGGUGAAACUAACCUUGUGGCGGGACAGGAACCGUAUGGUAUAUCGUCCAACAAUAUGGCAAAUCGGAUGGAUCAAUCGAAUGAUAAGGGAAACGUCGCAGAUAUCCUGAUGCAGCGGCAAAAAUUCCUGUGGAAUUGUUCUCCUGGAGCCGUGACCGGUAUCGGCCCCUCCACGGGCAAGAAGGCAUCGUGGAUCGGGGCCAGCGGCGACCAGACGUUCGUUAAGGUCGACGAAUCGCUCGUGAACGCGUCGAUGCUGUCCAAGUUCAGCGUGGUGGCAGAUAAAAACACCAUCCUUUUGAUCCCGAAUAGCAACUAUCAGCUCAACUGCAUCGCCAUCAAUCGGCGCAAUGGAAACUGCAAAGCUCACAACGAGAACCAGUUUGACUUCAAAACCAUCGUCAACAGGGUCGACGAGGGGGGUUUGAACGCCGCCCGAAAACGUCCGAAAGUACAGCAGCCGGCGCAGCUUCCUGGUGCGGAAGCGUUGCUGGAGAACCAGCCAGAGGCGUUGGCUUUGUCGGAGAUGGAUAUUGGUUAUGAAUCCAAGUAUGGCGCGGCGGAUACUAGUAAGCAUCCCACCGUUAGCUUGGCGUUUGCCGUUGAUCCGUGCUUCAAUAUUUUGUGGGGUUUUGAUAGCGUGUCCAAAACAAUGAUGUUCUUCAAUGUGAUUGCGUCGGAAAUUUCACCAAGCGCAGAGCACGCAAAGGAUUUGGUCGCCCUGCUGACGCCGGAAAUUGCAUUACCGAUUCAUGAAGACGCUGAAGUCACCCGGUACCAAGCAUCGCUGAACAUUUUAGCAACGCUGGAUAUUUUGACGACCAACCAGAAAAUGCUCAAAACCUGCUUCCUGCCCUCGGACGUGAAUCUCAAAGUGAACCUGGACGGCAAGGACAACUGCGAGUACAACACCGUGUGUCGUUUCGAGAACUUUGGUGGAGGAUGGGGCUACUCGAGCUACAGCGUUGAGGCCGUACGCUUCAUGUGCGAUGCUGACGUUAUCAUUGCCGGUUUCGGUAUGUACGGAGGUCGUGGAGAGUACACGUGCAAGCUAAAGCUGUUUGAUCUGGGUUAUGAUGGUGGAACCAACGAAAAGGAUGGCGUUCUGAUAUCCGAAGUCGAAGAAGUGCCCUUUGAGUGUCCUUCAAAGUGUAAAUUCAACAUCACUCUACCAAGUCCGGUGACAAUCAGCGCAGAACGGUGGUACCUGGUUCUGGCCAAGAUCUCCGGCCCAUCGUCCGACUGUGGCUCGUCGGGGCAGUCUUCGGUCACGACGUCCGACAAUGUCACGUUCCACUUCAAGACGUCGAAGAAGGCGAACAACGGCACGAACGUCAGCUCGGGACAGAUUCCGUCCAUUUUGUACCGGGUCAUAUCGCAAAACAGCAAGGCCGUGUUUCCGACGGUUUCGAGCGAGCCCGUUUGCAAGCUGACGAAAAAGUUUGCCAACACGCUCACGAAAGAUUGCUUCGAGAGCUUGGUCAUGCUGCUGAACUGGUCGUGGAGUUCGUUCAAAAUAUCGACCACCGAUCUGCUGGAGACUCGCAAGGCGAACCAGAAUGCGAUUUCGCUCAACAGACUCGUUUACAUUUGUAAGGCAAGUUUGCGUCUACUGAGGAAGUAUAUAAACGAGAUUUAUCCGUACAAGGGAUUCAACAAUAGCGAAAAACCAAACAGCAAAGUUAAAACACUUGGUCCACGGCAAGACUCUAAGCAGGACAAGUCACCGAAAAGUAAAGUCUACGAAGUGAACGGACUCAUCUCGUCGGUGGAGAGCAAAACCGACCUGCUCAAGGUGAACGAUAUCAACAUUAUGGAGAUCAACACGCCAAUGUCCAACAAGAAGAUUGCAUCCGAGAGCAUCCAGCUGGCGGAAUGUAUCGGCGAUGUUCGAGCGCUACUGACGCAGAUACUUUGUGAUGAACUGCCAUAUCAGUCCGGAAACGAUAUCUGUACAAUGAUUCUGGACGUGCUGGAUGAAUGUCACAAAACGUUUGUUAGCUGCUUCAACGCGUUCUAUCCUACGUCAUUCCUCAAGUGGAACUGUAUUUGCAACCUGUUGGCACAAAUAGACAAGGGGAUUCUACACUCCCGCUUGCUCAGCGGUGUGCUGGCAGGACUAUGUGAUCCAAACAUCAAUCUGCGGUCGACGUUCUCGAUGCUGUCGCCCAACGUGGAGUACAAAUCGCUCACGAGUCCCAGCGAUAACUUGGGCUUUCCGAUGCUGGUGAGUUCGGAAAACUACCAGUACCCGAUCCUGGUUGAGCAGAUGCUCUACCGUACGCAGAAGGAGAAAACAAUCACCUGCAACUCGUGGACUUUUAAGGACGUGCUGAGCCGCUUGCUUGACAUCAUCUCCAAACCGAUUCGGUUGAAGAUUGAGAACAUUUACAACAAUCAAAGUACGGACAUUUAUAAUGGUGAUGGGAUGAAGCAACGCUUGAACAACAAUUUGAUAACCAACUCGUGUCGGUUGCUGUCGAAAAUGUUGGCUGAAAUUAUCUACCAAAAUUGUACCAUUGAUAACGAAACGGCGAUCGUCCCUUCGAAUAUUCUCCAUUCCAGCGGAAAUCGUUUUGCAAAGGUCGAUGUAAGCAAAACCUGGAACACGGGUAAUUUCGGGCCGGACGCGAUUGCGUUCACCGUUGAUCGUCCGGGAAUUUCCAUUGCGGGAGCUUGUGUUUAUUCCGGAUCCGGUAGCUACGAAUACCAACUGGAACUGCUGUACGAUAGUAUGGAGUCGAAAAGCCAGCUUCAGCACAAAUGGGAAGUGAUCGAGUCCGUCGUGGGUGCUUACGAGCAAAGCAUGGUGAAAAACUUUAUGACGGAGAUCAAGUUCGAUCGUGCCGUCAACAUCAAGGAGAACGUACGAUACGCGCUGCGACUGUGCUCUCAGGGAGCUCGAACGUGUUCUGGCGAUGGAGGCUUUGCGGCCAUUCGUGGACCGUGCGGAGCAACGUUCAAGUUUUAUCCGUGCGAUCUCAGCUUCAACGGGACGACUCCGGCUCGCGGACAGAUUCCUAGCAUCCUGUACUACAGUAUUCCGUCCAUUAACGAUAGCUAUUCGGGAAAGUGCAGCAAGGAAUCCCACGCACGGGAUAUCGCUUUGCACAUCUCUACUGAUGUAACCUCCCGGUGCAAGGAUCUGUUGAUACACGCAAGAAACGCAAUUGCAUUUUCGUCGACUUCAAGCGAUAAGAGCUCCAAUUCUUCGCACAACACACAUACCAUCGACUCGGAGCAUAACAUAACGCCCAUCGAGGAGCAUUUAGACAUUGCUUGGAUCAACAACUCGGACAUUGCGAACGUCAACAACGUGACAAGCGCCAAUUUUGAUCAUAACAAUACAUCAACCGCUAAGGACAUUACGAAACGCAUAGAAAACUUUUCAAAAGGUAUCAUCGAAACGCUAAAGUUUGACAAAAAGUCACGCAAUUCGAUUGACUUUGAUAUCGAGAUUGAAAUUGGUGCCGAGGAGAUCACGCCGAAUGAUUACAUAGACGAUCGAAACAACAAGUUGGACUCGAUCUCGAACGGGAAUUCUUCCGGAGUCGGAAUGCAUAGCAAAGCUGAAAACUUUUCAAUAUUGAACGACGCUGGAAGUGACGUGGAAGAGUUCAACCAUCAGCUCAAUCAAGAACGCAUCAUCCAACUCUUCUCCGCUGACGAUUCGUGCCUAUUUACAAUGCUGCUACCCCUGACGUUAGCUCACAUCGGUCCGCUGGUCUGCAGCAAUCUCAAAAGUUCCGUCGAAGUUCUGAGUCUCAUUCGCGCCAUCCUGCCGCAUGUGUCCGCGCUAAAUCAGAUCAACAAUUUCAAGUUGUACGAUAAACCGGAACUAGAGACCUCACGCAAGACUGCGCCCGCAGACCAGAACGAUCUGUGCACGACCAGCCACUACUACUGCAUCGUCGAGAGUGAACAUCCGUACAAGUCCAGCACGGUGGCAAACUACCGCGUAGAGUUCCCCGCGAGUGUUCGCUGGAUAACCAUCGAGUUCGAUCCGCAGUGUGGUACGGUCCAGCCGGAGGAUUACGUCCACGUAAAGAUACCGCAGUAUUCCGAGCGAAGCUCGGAGCAGGCUUUCGUCAACGACAACCACGCUGCGUCGUUGGCAUCGGCUACUUGCCCACGAAAGAGCAAGGAGGUCAAGUUUGAAAGCAACUCGAAACCGUCCAAUUGCAGCCAGAAGGAUGAGCAAAGCGAGAUAGAUUGGACGAUUAUUAAGAAGUUUAACACAUCCUCAAACUGGAAUAGCAACGCCAUCGUGCUGCCUGGCAACAAGCUGGAGAUUUCGCUGGAAACGGCCUCCACGUACGUUCGCGAGCACAAAGGCAACAAGUACGGCUUCAAGUGUCUGAUCAUCGGGUACGACAACAAAAACCAGAUGAAGUAUCCGAGUACGUCGUUGAUACACCUCGAGUACGAACUGUCCUACCUUGGGGGCUUGUGCAGUGCAAAUCUGCUGAAGAAGGAUCUCAUAUUUUCUGAUGACAUAACGGAGAACAUUGCUAACGUCGAGGAAACGCUGAACAAGCAUACGGCUUUGCUGUCCAAAGGAUUGAUGGUGUCGGACACGGUGCUGACUAUCGGUAAUGCACUGGAGUCUAAUCUACCAAUUACUGAGCAAAGCUACGAGAAGCAGUUCCUCAAGGAUUUUAUUUACGUCGCGGCGGGUUCCCCCGGGGCUCGGCUGGCUGCCUGGCUUCAACCCGAAUCUCGGCUGGACCCGAACAAGUGCGAGAUCAAAAUGUCGCAAGAACCGCUGCGUUGCGGUUGGCCUUCGCAUUUCAUAAUCGAAACACGCGACCAGUACGGCGACGAGAUCUUCGUCCCGGGAAUUAAGGUAAGUGGCGUUGGACCGUUGAAUGUGGGGGUGUCUCAGUUUGGUCAAUCUCGGCUUUUUUUUUUCAACCUUAUCUCGGAGGGCAAUCGGAAGAUGCACAUGAAGUCCCGCAACGACUCGCUGUAUCUGGGCGGGGCCGCACUGCCUCCGAAAAUCGGCUACGAGUGCACCUUUAAGGAGAAGGAAAAGAGCUGCCUAAAGGCAAUUACCGCAAUGAAACCGUAUCAGCCGUACUCGUUCGAAGAGUUGCGUUACUGUAACACGAUCCAAAGCAAAACCACCGAGAUCCUGACCGCAAACGAUCUGGGCAACAACACGUACGGGGUGUUCUGGACGCCGAAUUCCGGGAACUACAGUCUGACCAUCACGAUCGAUGGGGUUUGCGGAGAAAUCUAUCGCGUCGACGUGAUUGAUGCCGGACUGCCGCCGUUGUCGCAGGAAACCACACUGAAGAAGGUGCAGCCGCCGACCAAGCUGAGGAAGUUUAUCGCGAAAAAUUCGGCCGGAUUGCGCGUCCGGUUGCACCCCACGCUGCAGUCGGACCAGAUUGGGAUAGUGAAGCUGAACGGUAUCGUCUCCUACAUCGACGAGAUGGAAAACGACGAUGGUUUGUGGGUGCGGCUAUCGACGGAAUCAAUCCGUGAGCAUUGCACCUCCAGCUGGUUCCCAACGGAAGCGUGGUGUCUGCAGUACAACCAGCACCUGGGCAAGACACUCCUACAUCCGAUCCUGGAGUCCAGCUCAACCAAAGCUUUGAUGGAACAGGUAGAUCAAAGCAGUCCCACAACUUCUGAUGCAAAUGAAGAAAAUGAGAAUACCAUUGAUUAUUUUGAUUUUAUGAAGACGGAUCGUCCCACCGACGAGGCGUCAUCCGCAAACGAUGGCGAGGAACUGGUCGCCGCCGCUAAGCUACUCCAGAUCACAGAGCAACCUCCAACAACAGAUGAAAGUCCAGCCAAUGCGGCGGCGGCUGCGGCCGCGGCGGCAAACAUUAACAUUGCCAACUUGAACCAAAGCAAUAUUGGAGCCGCAAUCGCGGGCGUUGUUGGCGGCGGGGCCAAAAAGAUGCAAGCCCUCCAGAAGUGGCUCAAGGGGGACAGCUUCGAAGAGAAUGAAUCUCCCCGGAAGCGCAAAAGUGAGGGCCACGAUCCGAGAAGUCUGGGAAAUCGAUCCUUUGACCGCAGCCGAAGCGUUAGCCCGGAGAUCUUUUCACUGAGGAGGUGUGACUCGUCCAGUAGUAACAAAUCCGAUACCUCAAAGAAUUUGCAGUACAAAAGUGUAUCGAAAUCGGAUGGCAGUAUGGAUGACCGCAAAUCUCCAGAAAAUCUCGCCGCUCCUGAUGGAAACUUCUCCGCCAGCAUUCCGCCGUUCAACAGCAAAUCGCUGAAAAUCGAGUCCAAAGAACUGCCCAAACGUGCCCUUUCGCCAUCGAUCGCCGAAACUCUACGCGCCGUAUUUUCCGCCUUUCUCUGGCACGAGGGACUCGUCCACGACGCCAUGGCUUGCGCGUCCUUCCUCAAGUUUCAUCCCAGCAUUUCGAAAAAGGAGAGCGAGAAUAUGCCCGUUGGAAAUCCACACGAGCAUCUCCUGACUAGGGAGCAGAAGGUGUUACAGCGUCACUCAGUUGAGAUUUCGAAUGCCGGGACUUAUUUGAACAUUCGUCCUUCGACGCUGGAAACGCUGGCCAAGAUUGGAAACUGUUGCGUGCACAACAGAAAGUUGCGCAAUCGAAAUGCGGACAUUUUCUCUUCUAAAGAUGGCGAAUAUCCACAACCAAGUGCGCUGCCUCCCGCGUUACGGUGCCUCGUGUACGUCUGGGAUCAGCUUUGCUGCAAUUUCAUACACUUGGUGGAGACCAACUCCAAUGAUAAGGAAAAUGAUUUUAGCUCGCUCAAGUCGAACAAAUCGACUGAGGAAAAGUCGGCCAACAACCCGAAAGCCGCAAACCAGAAAAAGGUCGAGGACGGCUGUUGGUGCGAGUUGUGUGACGUUUUCCUGCCAAUUCCGGUUACGUAUCACAUGCGGAUCGUUCAUCCAGGCUGUGGCAAGUACGCCAAAGGAAAGGGUUACAACUCGAUUGGCGUGUACUGCGAGGGAUGGGCCGGUAACUGUGGCGAUGGUGGCCAGGGCGUGUCCAGCUGGUAUCUCAUGUGUGAAAAAUGUAGACAAAAAUAUGUCAACACAGCUAAAGUGUCGAACAAUGUCAACUUUAACGGUGCGAAUCAAACAGGUGGAAAGGGGGAAGGUGGUUCCAACAUUUUGCUAGGGUUUGGAGCGGAAUCCACAAUUCCAUCAGAGCUGUUUACCAUAAUGAAGGAGAAUUCUUUUUUCCUGCUCGAACUGAACUCUUACAACGGAGGGCUUAUCAACAAAUCCGCAAACGGCACUUCAGAUGCAGCUGCAGUUCAUGAACAAUCAACCAGCAGCAGAUAUAAGAACGUUGAUUUGAAUGAUUCGUACGAUUCGAGCUAUUACUUUGAUGAUAAAAACAUUCACUGGAGUGGUGGUGAACUAAUGUGGCCACCACCAGAACUGCUCGCUAGCAUGGAAACCCUCGGGGCAAAAACUAACAACGAUCUAACCUGCGACUUGCUUGGGAUGAAUCUUGGUGAUAUGCAUGCUUACGAUUUUAAGGUAAUCGAAGACCUCUCGAUGGAGGCGGCUGAUUCGUACAUGAAAAACAUCCAAACGUCGCCGGCAAUUCCUUCCACGAGUAAGUUUCAUCGGAGCUUCUCAAUGGGCCAGGGUUGGAACACACCACAGAAUAAGCUCGCCACAGAGUACAAUCCGGUGGGAAAGGGCGAAAUUGGUGGCAAGGGCGAUGGUCCCUGCAAUGUGGUUAUGAGGCGUAAAAAGCAGUGCACGUGUACGAGUGGGGACUCGAAUCUUCUAAACUAUCCUUCGGUUAAUUUGCAAAAACUUGUUCCGGAGCACUUGUUGAAUAACAGUUUGGUUAAAGAAAACAUUCCCAACAGUAGAAGUAAAAACAAAGUGAACAACAAGAUCAAUGAUAAGAACAAUCUUCAGACAAAUCCCCGCGCGACACUGCUUGCGAGUGGAAAGAGACCGGAGGAAAUAAAUUUCUCGGAGUUCCUCGAGAUGUACCACAGCAACGCUCGAGAGAGCAGCGAGAAGCUGAAGAACGUUGAUGAAAAGUCGGACGGUUCUGGAUCGGGUAGUUCGGGCAACUCAGCUUAUAAGCUUGAUGUUCAGGCGGGAGCUCUGUCACUGCUCAAUCGUCCGUCGAUGAUUUUUAUGCUGGAGAAGCAUGACCUGAAAAAGCUUCGCCAUUUGAUGACCCGGAAUCUGCGGAAAACAAUUUGCAACAUUUACAGCUUGCAAGCCCUAAAUUGGCUGCUUCGAUCCGUGACGCAACCGAUCGGACUGCACGACAUCAUGUGGUGGUUCAUUUCAUCGCUUUCGUACUCGACACACGACUGCGAGGAUGAACCCAAGCUGGACGAGGGAGUGCUUGGUCUGGAACAUCCGGGCUCGAACCAGUUCAACGGACCACUCUCGCAAACGCUCUCCCAAAGUUUGCACUCGCUGCUGCACACCAUUGCGGAUCUAACGCUGCUCCUGCCGUCGGGAUCGUCCUUGCAGAAGACUGCCGUCCAGUGUUUCGGGUUGAAGUUCAAACAAUCCGACCACCAGUUCUUGCACCGGUCGCACGUUUUCGGGAACAUUUCGAAAAUUUUGUCGAAAUCUGAGGAGCAGAACGAUGAAAAUCUGCUUCCGUCAGUGGCCAUGUUCAAUUCCUACUCGAAUGCCGUCGAUGUGUUUACGGAGGAAUGCAUCCGGAUCAGCAUGCUCAGCGAUAUUACGGAGAUUUUCGAUCUUGUAGUUUCAUCGCGACCUGCGUUGGCAAAUUCGUUGAUAGACAACUCGACGGAGACAUUCUGGGAAAGUGACGAGGAGGAUCGGAACAAACCUAAGAUCAUCGAACUGACUAUGAAUCGAACCAAUUACCACUGCAAGGUUAUCUGUAUUCACAUCGACAACAGUCGGGAUAUUGGGAACAAAGUGUCCAGCAUCCUUCUGUACGGAGGCAGCUCGUUUGGCGAAACAUCACUCCUGAAGACCAUUGACGUCGAUCCACUUGUGUGCAGCUGGAUUUCGGCAACAAUCUCCGACGACGAGUGCACCCAUUACCGUAUGGAAUUCCGUGGCCCGGAAGCGACCCUCCGCGUUCGUCAGAUCAAACUGCUUGGCUACACGGCCGAAGACAAAGCUUCCCAGUUCAAGCAUAACCUUAAACACACUAGCGCCAAUUACAUCCAGCAGAAAAACUGCGAAGCAGAAACGCUGCGUGUUUUCCGUCUACUAACGGGACAGGUGUUCGGGAAGCUAAUUCUCGAGAGUGGUAAAAAUUUCGGUGCAAACACCCCGACUUCGUCCAAGAUCACCGAAUCAACCGUCAUUUCUUCCUCAACGGAGUCGCUCGAUUUACGCGAGCACAUGGUCGGCAUUUUGUUUAGCCGUAGCAAGCUGAGUCACCUCCAGAAGCAGAUCAUCGUCCACAUUGUGCACGCCAUCCAGAAGGAAGCGCUGCGCUCGCGGGAAGAGUGGGAGCACAACGUCAUGUUCAGCGCAGACAAUGAAACCGACUUUGAGGAGAAUCUCAAGCUGAACGACACGUACUGCUUUGAAAUGCUCAGCAUGGUGCUGGCGCUGUCCGGAAGUGCCGUUGGUCGAUCGUAUUUGUCACACCAGCACGGUCUGCUGAAGGAUUUGUUCUCGCUGUUGCACACAGGGAGUGAUCGCGUCCAGAGGCAGGUCACGGCGCUGAUCCGGCGCAUUUUACCGGAAAUUUCACCAGAGACGCUGUGCGAGCUGCUUGGAGUGGAGAAGGUUCCGGAGAUUGACUUUAAUCUGCUCAGUCAGAACAAUGAGAUGUUUAAUAUGAACAAAUGUGGUAUUUUGGACAUUUUCCUAGCCGUAAUUGCGAAAGCCCUUCAGGUGCAGAUCAAGGUGAAGAACAACUCGAACAAAAAUCCACCAACCAUGAAGCUGUGGCGAUACAUGAACAUUUGCAAAAUUGACGACUAUGAAAAGUCCACACUAAACAAGCUUUCGAUGACUAAUUCCCAAUUCAGCAACGCUGAAUCGGACCGCCCGGGUGGUGCUACUGGCCAAAGGGACAACAGCCCGGCGGCGGAGCAGUACGACUUUGAGGGCUCGUCGUCGGAAUUCCUAGAUGACAAAACCAACGACGACAAUUCGGUUGACUUUGACGGCGUUGGUGCGGUGUGCUCUUCAAAGCCGGGCAUUCGGAUCGAGACGGUCGGGGUGAAGCCGCGGUGGUUUUUGAACGGAACAAUUUCGUCCAAACAGGCGGAUAAUAUUAUGACUUUGAUUCGCGACAUGGCGCAUGGUAAACUGUCGGAAAAGUGGUCACUCAUCACGAAGGCUGCAAUCGCGGAGUGUAUUCUGAACAUAACGAGGCUUUCGGACGUUUAUCGGGUGCCGGAGACGUGCAUGACGACUCCGACACUGUGGCUUGCGCUGGCCAGUUUGUGCGUCCUGGAUCGUGACCACGUGGAAAAAUUAUCGUCCAGCCAGUGGUCAAAACAGUCCGAGUCUCGGCCGCUUUGCUCAAAUCACGACGAUGAUGUUACGUACGCCAUGAUCAUCUGCAGCUUGUGCGGUUCGCUGUGCUCCGAUUGUGACCGGUUUCUGCACUUGAACCGAAAGACCCGAAAUCAUUAUCGCACGGUUUGCAAAGAGGAAGAGGAGGCCAUUCGGGUCGAGCUGCACGAAAGCUGUGGCCGGGCCAAGCUGUUUUGGCUGUUGGCGCUUGUCGACUCGAAAACGCUCAAGGGAAUGCUCGAAUUUCGCAAUGGAAACAACACGCUGGUUUGUGAUCCGCCAAACGCCGCGAUUGGCGUGUGCCGGUUUUGCGGAGUGACUGGCAGCACCGGUCUGUUGGCAGUGGGAAAUGUUUGCGUGGACCAGCAGUGCCAGGAGUACGCGGCAAGUGCUUGUGCGAAAAUCCAUCCGUGUGGCCAUCUGUGCGGUGGAAUCGUCAACGAGGAAAAGUGUCUGCCAUGUUUGCAGCAAAAGUGUCUCACGUCCGAGGGUAAAGCCAGCAGUGGCAGCGGAGCGGAGCAACCGAAGUUAACGCAGGACGCGGACGACAUGUGUAUGAUUUGCUUCACUGAGGCCCUCUCGUCGGCUCCGUCCGUUCAGCUGGACUGUGGCCACGUGUUUCACUUCCACUGCAGUAAGGCGGUUCUGACCAGGCGGUGGAACGGGCCGCGCAUUAGCUUCGGGUUUUCGCAGUGUCCCAUCUGCAAGAUGGACAUUCAGCAUUCGGCGCUGGCGGAAAUAUUGGAUCCGAUCGUUGCGUUGAAAGCGGAUGUCAAGCGAAAGGCGUUGAUGAGGCUCGAGUACGAAGGCCUGGCCAAGAAUCUCGAUAGCAAGGAUCUGUCCACUUACGCUAUGGAACGCUACGCUUAUUACGUUUGCAGCCAAUGUGAAAAGGCUUAUUACGGUGGCGAGGCUCGGUGCGACGCCGAGCUGGGCGAGAACUACAACCCCCAGGAGCUGGUAUGUGGCGGAUGCAGCGAUGUGGUCAAGGCCAAGAUGUGUCCCAAGCACGGGACCGACUUUCUCGAGUACAAGUGCCGCUACUGCUGCUCAGUGGCGGUCUUUUUCUGCUUCGGCACGACACAUUUUUGUGACACGUGCCACGACGAUUUCCAGCGGCUGACUAACAUUCCGAAGAACAAACUGCCCAAGUGCCCGGCGGGUCCCAAGGCAAAGCAGCUGAUUGGGGAGGAGUGUCCGCUGCACGUUAUUCACCCGUCCACCGGGGAGGAGUUUGCCCUGGGCUGCGGGAUUUGUCGCAAUGCUCACACAUUUUAGGGUUUUGUAUCGCAAGUGCAUUAAGUAAAUCAUGAAGGAAGGAAGAUUUAGCUUUAGUUAGUAAUUCAAAACGGCAAGACUUUCUCUAUAUGAUUGUACUUAUGAUCUCAUGUUAACCGUGUAUUGUUGUUUGAUAUUUAUUUAGCAAAUUACUAACUUAUAUGUACACAUUUUGAUAACAUUAUAUUUAUCAUAAAAAUACAACUAUCCAAAACAAAGAAUAAUCACCAAUCAAUCUCUAUCGUCUCUAGCACGUGAAUAAAUUCUCGAAAAUUUUUAAACACGUG